AUGGAGCGAACAAGUAGCGUAAGGAGAAAAGUCGUGGCUAGGCAGCAUAAAACUGAAGUAAUGAUUGCCGGAGAACAACUCAGGUUGAGACUUCACGAUGGAAAACUGAUAAAGGACCGGCGGCACCACCUGCGCACAUAUCCCAACUGUUUUGUGGCCCAGGAGCUGAUAGACUGGCUCAUGAGCCACAAGGAGGCUUCUGACCGAGAAACAGCGGUUUGUCUCAUGCAGCACCUCAUGGACCACGACAUCCUUCAUCACGUCUGUGAUAAGAGUUCUGAAUUCAAAGAUGCCAAACUGCUGUAUCGUUUUCGCAAGGAUGACGGGACGUUUCCCUUCAACACAGAGGUGAAGAUCUUCAUGAGAGGACAACGGCUGUUUGAAAAUCUUAUGGCAGACAAAGGCUCAAUUCUGCAGCCGAGAGUGGAGCAUGGGGUUUCGUAUCAGCGCUCGGUUCCCGGCUACCAGCUGAUCGACUGGCUCCUUCAGAACGGGGAGGAAGAGAGCCGACGUCAGGGCAUGGAGUUGUGCCGUGCGUUGCAGGAGCAUGGCAUCAUUCAGCACGUGGCAAAGAAGCAUAACUUCUUCGACAGUGGCCUGCUCUACCAAUUUUGCAUCAAUUUUCGUCGUCGCCGGCGCCUAUCUGAACUGCUAAAUGAGAAGAAACAGGAAAAUGAUGCAGCAGCUUCCCCCUUUGAGGACAGCAGUCUUGACAGUCCAUUUAAUCUACGCAAAGACUCACUCCUAGAGCCCAACAGUGCUUUUGAAUGUGUGGGAUCAAGCGAAGCCCUGAAAACGGUCAUCGGUGGUCGUCGAACCAGCGUGAAUGGCCUUCAGCACCACUCUGGUGGAUUUCCACCUCUUGUUCAAAUGUCUUCAAAUGUGGCGGUGAGAUCUAACCCUAAAUCAGUGCUGAAAAGACGUGUCACAUGUGAGGAACUAUUGUCGCCUGGUGCACCCUUCAUCAAGAAAGUGCUGACGGUGAUCGGGGACGCCCUGGGCUGGGGCAUCGUUGUCAGAGGCAGGGCCCCCUGCUAUGUCCAGGCUGUUGAUCCUGAAGGCCCCGCAGCAGGUGCUGGAGUUAAGAUUCGUCAGUUCGUGUGCCAGGUGAAUGGAAGGUGUGUCCUUUACCUGAACUACAGGACAGUAAGCAGACUGGUGAUGUCAGGACCCCGUGUUGCUGUACUGGAAGUUAUGGAACCACUGGAAUAG